ACGUCAGCGAGCGUUCUGUGAAUAAUUCGCACACAUGAGGCGUUUUGCAGUCUUGCUAUUUAGUGUAUAAUCUCGUUUGCAGGUUGAAAAUUUAAAUAUUUUCGGAUUUAUUAAGCGAUAAUUAGCCUGAACAACGAUGGAAAAUACUUCUAAAGACUCUGGAUUCAAUACAGAAAGUCCAAGUUCUUCUUUGGAUAGUGAAGAACAAUUUAUUAAUUGGUCAGAAGAUGAAUCAGCCCCUGAUAGCGAGAGUGAGUUUAACAGACAACGAAGGCGAGACCUUCUUGACGUGCUUGUCGAAAUUGUGCUGAAGCAACGCAGAGGAAAUAGACAUGAAAGAGAACGUGCUCGCAGGAGACGGAGACACCGACGUCACUUGUAUGAAAGAAAUAGUCGAAGCAGGCCUGAUACACCAGAGCCUUUGAUGAAAGGAAAAAGAAGAAAAUGCCCUAUUCAUGAUUGUGGUAAACGCUUUAUAAACGUGACGCACCACUACACAAAGUAUCAUCCAGAUGUGGACAAGCAAUUAUUCUGCUAUGAUAACCUGGCUAAAGAGUUAGGCAUCGGAAAGUAUAAGAACUAUGUAGGGUUCAAGUGCAGCUUCUGUGGCCAAAUGAGGAUGUGUUUUGAAGCACAUUGUAGAAACGUUCACAUUAAUGAAGUUGACGUAAAGAGUCCAGAAUUUCAAACCAUCAAGGAAAACUGCAGGAUAUCACAUAAAGUGCGACAUCGCUAAAAACAAUACUUGGUGUUUAAUGGUGCAAAUACGCAAUGUUUUUCUUUUCAUUUUCACUUCAAUUGCAUUUUUACUUCAAUUGUUUCUUUUCUAUGGUACUAUUUUUGUAGGAAGGCAAGAAUAUAAAACCAUUAGUACUACAGGACCAAUGCACUACAGUACAAUAGAGACAAUAUUUUGUUUGUUGUGUACGCAGCAAGGCUGGCCCAGCAAGCAGGAAGCUAAUAUGUCAUUUCCUAUGCAAGACUUGUAUUGGAAUAUUAUAGUAGUUCUAAGUACAACGUUCAUUGCUUUUAACGUGUAUAUACAUGUACAUCUAGAUUGUGAGGAGGAAGUAGGCAUGCAUAAUUUUAAAUAGGUUUCUGUUUGAAUCGCCGAGGUUUACACUCCGUUACAGUGGCUAAAUGUAUAUUGUUAGUAGUAAGCUACUUGUGAUGCAGAGAACAUAGUGCUUAUUAACAAUCGGGUGUGAAUUGCAUUAGAAAACUGGCAACCUAUAUGCCUUAUGACUCAUUCUUCUACCAUGCCAAAUUUUAGUCUUACAGGCGUUAAUAAAAUGUUGUUAAUGGUC